AUGUCACUUCACAUCAACAACCUGCCGGAUGGAAUCCUCCGUGACAUCCUGGACUAUCUUCCUCUGGACGAUCGUAAAUCGGCAUCCCUGGUGUGCCGCUUGUGGGACCAGGAAGUCUUCUCGACACGCCUGCUGACAACCGUUCGGCUGCGAGUUUCCUGCAUCAUGAUGAACCACAAGGAGAAGUCCCUGGAGGUGCUGCAAAACAGUUGCCGUUCGUAUCGGAACCUGUUGAUUUCGCUCUGCGGAAGUGGAGCCUGCAGCGAUAUUCAGUUUGCGUUCAUUGUGGACGUUUUGGAUAAGUUUGGAUCUACGGUCGAGGGUUUCACCAUGAUCCGAGGCUGUUCCUCGGUCCAGCUGAGAGACUUUGUCACCAGGAUGCCAAAUUUGAAACAUCUAACGACGUACGUUACGGAAGCUGAUAAUCGCUCAACGGAACGACUGGAAUUUCCAGUUUUGACGAAGUUGUUCGAUUUCGAUGUGGAAAUUAACAGUGAUGAUGUGUUUAAAAGAGGACAGUUCGCAGUUCAGCAAAUGGCACCGAACGUGGAACUGUUGAGUCUUACGUUCGAUAAAUGUGAUGACCCGGAGUGGGUGUUCAAGGUUCUGAAAGGCUAUGCAGGUCAGUUGCGGUCGGUUGAUAUAUUUACACCGCACAAUCGGAUCCCGAUUGAUGAGCUGCAGUUCAGGCGAUUGCAAGUUCUAAAGCUUCGAGGAAGGGCAUACAGCUACGGCGAUGCCAAGCUGCGGAAACUGUUUCAUGGACUUCCACUGCUCAGGGAAGCCUAUUUGGAUUUUGUGAUUUCGCGAUCUAUGCUAGAAAUUAUAUGCAAAAAUUGUCCGCAGUUGAUGACCCUCGAUAUCAGAACCGAAAGUUUGGAAGAGCGGUCCUUCCAGUGUUUCGAAGAACUGACGAAUCUGCAGGUUAUCAUCGUAAACUACCUUCGAUUGAAUCUGAUGGAAGACUGCAGACCAGUAAUGAGCGUUCAAAAAUUCCACCUACAUACGGAUGAAACCUACCUGACCGAUGAAAGCUACAUCGAGCAGUUCCACAAAGUGUUUCCAAAUCUGCAAAGCAUCAAGGUGUACUUCCGAGGGUUCCGCACCAAGAUCAUCGAUCAGCUCCUAGUUCGCCAAAUCUGCCGGAAGUUUAUCCACCUCAAGAAGCUUACGCUGAGUGGCGAGUUCUGUCUAAGUGCCACAAUCAAGGGAUUCGAACUGCCCGGCGAUCUGGGAAAUGUGAAAGAAUUAACGCUCAUCAGAGCAAACCUUUGCAUCAGCCCGCUUUCAAAGAACAGUGUGAAGCGUUUGAAGCUGGAAAGCUUGGACCCAAUCAGUUUCAACGUUUUUCGAAUCGAGGAAGUUUUUCCCAAGCUGCGGUACCUGGAGAUUCGGAGCUGCAGGCAAAUUACACCGGAUGUGAUUACGGACAUCCGGCGGAGCGUUCCCGACUGUGUGGUACAUUAUGUGCACAUGGAGCGGAAGUGGGUCUACUACUGA